AUGGACGAGGCUCGAGAUCGGGUCUUCUGUUUGGUCACUUACACGGCUACGGCCUUCACCUUAAUUUCGAUCCUGGCCAUGUCAUUGACCAUUCCAAUGGCUAACAACUACGUAUCCUUUAUGAAGACCACAAUUGAACGGGACCUGGAUGACUGCCAGAGGUCAAUGGAAGAAAUCCGCCAACUAACUCCUGCUGCUCACAAGGAAGGACCGUUCCCUCAUUUGGUGGAUUCCGAAACAGGAAAACAUCAUAAUCUCACCAUCGGAAGAAGGGACAAAAGGCAGGCAGCCGUGUGCCCCGGAUGCUGCCUUCCCGGUGAACCUGGAGUUCCAGGUAAACAAGGCAGAAUGGGAAGACCUGGUCGGCCAGGAGCGGAUGGUGCUCAAGGAUUCCCUGGUCGUCCACCUAGGGUUUGCGAACAGCUGGCUCCAACUCCAUGCACUCCCUGUCCUCCCGGUCCUCCCGGCCCGCCGGGAAUCCCAGGAGAACCAGGAAUUAAUGGCGAAAGUGGACCACCAGGACAACCAGGUGCAGCAGGAUUACCCGGGCCCAAGGGUCCCGAUGGAGUUCCUGGAGAAGCAGGACCUAAUGGUGAAGGAGGAGCUCCUGGACAGCCUGGAAUACCUGCACAAAAUGUUCCCGCGUUCCCAGGUCCUCCAGGACCAAAAGGACCUCCGGGAGCCCCAGGAGAACCAGGAACACCCGGCUCACCAGGACCACCAGGUCAGCCCGGACAGCCAGGAAUGCGUGGACCACCAGGAGCCGAUGGUCAGAAAGGACCGGAUGGCCAACCCGGUCAGCCUGGUCCACCAGGACCUGGGGGAACCGAUGGUGAGAGAGGUGUCUGCCCUACUUACUGCGCUCGAGAUGGAGGAGUUUUCUUCGAAGACGGGAUGGACUUGGAUCGGCGAGAGCGGGCCUACCGCUUCGUCGCCUUCUCAGCCGUCUCUUUUUCAUUGGUGGCCAUAGUAGCAGUUUUUAUCACGCUCCCAAUAGUGAAUAACUAUAUCAAUUCUGUUCAUGCACGUGUUCAAAGCGAAAUGGAGCUUUGUAAGUUAUCCGCCCGAGACGUCAUGAUGGAGGUGGCUGAAUAUCGCUCAUUGCCCAGGUCCUUGCUACCCGGGCUCGCUCAUCCCAAAAAUAGUACUCGCCAGAAGAGGCAGGCCGAUGGAGGUCAUUGCCAGGGAUGUUGUCUUCCCGGAUUGCCAGGACCUGACGGCCCACCAGGAAAGAAUGGUAUGCCAGGAAGACCGGGAGCUCCGGGUGCACCUGGAUUCCCCGGAAGACCACCAGCAGUUUGCGAGGAAGUGACGGCGCCCCCAUGCAAUCCAUGUCCUCCUGGAGAACCAGGACCUCCCGGACCACCUGGUGAUGCUGGUAGCCCAGGCCAGCCUGGACAUCCUGGACGCAAUGGAAACGACGGAUCACCUGGACCACAAGGACCACCUGGCCCACCUGGACCACCUGGAGAAAAUGGAAGAGACGGAGCACGAGGAGAGCCUGGACGCCCUGCCUUCAGCACUCCUGCAAUCCCUGGAGACCCUGGAACACCAGGAGAACCUGGACCACCUGGACUUCCUGGAGAUGCUGGACAAAGCGGUCGACCUGGAUCUGACGGACUUACCGGUCCACAGGGCCCUCCAGGCCCACCAGGACCUCAAGGGCCACCUGGAGAAAUGGGACCUGCCGGACAAGCUGGACAACCUGGACCGCAAGGAGAACGAGGUAUCUGCCCCAAAUAUUGUGCAUUGGACGGAGGUGUGUUCUUCGAGGAUGGUACACGAAGAUAA